AUGAAUGCGUCCCAGGAUGAAAUCAAUGCUGCAUACAGGAGAUUGAGUCGCUUGUAUCAUCCAGAUAAGCAUUCAGAGCAGAAGAAGAAUAAUGCCCGACAGCUUUUUAAUAAGACAAAGACCAUAUAUGAAGUCCUCAGUGAUCCACAUAAAAGAGCCAUAUAUGACACUCUUGGAGUGAAGGGAUUGCAGCUUGAAGGAUGGGAGAUGAUUCCACGUACAAAGACUCCCCGUGAAAUUAGGGAAGAGUUUGAAAGACUUUCUAGAUUGCAGGAGGAGAUGCAUUUGCAGCAGAAAACAAAUCCCAAAGGCAGGAUUGUCAUGAAUGUAAAUGCAGUUGAUUUCUUCAAUCCGUAUUGGGAUGAUGAUGAUGAAGAUGAUGGGGAAAGGGGUGAAGGAGAAAGGAAUAGAUUGUUCCCUUCCUUAGAAGUGAGUGGACUCACAUUCUUCCAGUCUAUUGAGGCCCCAUUGACGACAAAGAAUACUGCCCUUCUGUCAGGAGAAGUCACAGCCCACAAUGGCAUUGGUUCCGGUGAGCAGGAUCCAGCCGUGAUGUUUCAUCUGAAAGUCCUGCAUGGCCCAAUCCCUUCACACCUGUUCAGUAGUAACCUCAGCGUUGGGAUGCGAAAACUGCUGUCACAUAAAUCCUGGGCAGAAUUUGAUGUUGGCAUGGGGACUGGCCUCAACUUUUCACUUAAGGGUUAUCGCAAUCUAUCAAAAAGAAGUUAUCUUACAGCAUCUGCCUAUCUCCAUGCGACUUCCCAUGGACUACAGCCACUCUUUGUCGCCAGCUUGAUGUACCAAUUGGAUAAGAAAAUCUCUGGGCAUAUCACAUGGAAAGGUGGAGCUCAAAAUGGAAUGACAACUACCUUAGUCCGUGACAGUGAGAAGACUCGGCUUGUGGGGUCCUUACAUUUGGGUGCAUCUUCCUCUUAUGCCAGUUUCCGGUCAAUGGUCAAGCUGAAGGAAGUGAAACUGAGAGCUGGCAUCAAAGCUGGCACAUUUGGCUACCUUUUGGACUGUGGUGUUGACAAGAAAAUCUCUGACUAUAGUUGGUUGGGCGCUUCUCUGAUCUUUGGCAUUCCCACUGGUGUACUUCUUCGUGUCAAAUUGACAAGGUCAACGCAGACUUACGAGUGCAAUAUGGCACUUUGUGAAGAAGUUCUUCCAGCUCCACUUCUGUAUGGGUCCUUAGUGCCUCUUAUUAUGUACCAAGUGCUUAAAGCAUUAAUUAUUGACCCAUACCAACGUGAGGAGAAGCAGAGACACGUCCUGAAACACAAGGAGGCUCAUGCUGCAAGGCAAAAGGAGCACAAGAAAGAAGCUGAAGCAGCUUUAGAGCUGAUGAAAGAAACUGUGUGGAGAAUCAUUCAACAGGAAGAGUCUUGCCAAGGAUUGAUUAUAGUCAAAGCUUUGUAUGGCUGUCAUGCAUCACAGCUUGGUACAGGGGAACAAGGACAAGAGGCUGAUGGGAAUGUGAUAGAUGUAACUAUCCCACUGCAAUGCCUAGUCAAGGACUCCAAGCUUAUCAUCCAUGAUGUUCAAAAGAGUCAAUUGCCAGGUUUUUAUGAUCCUUGCAUUGGAGAAGAGAAGACUAUUCAAGUGGAAUACCUGUUCCGGGGUCAGCAUCAUCAUGUCAUAGUCAAUGAAUCUGAACCUCUACGAAUCCCCAAAAUCUCAUCGAAUGGAGAGGAAAUGAGGGAUGGGCAAUUCCCAUUUUCACUUCAAGUGUCUGCAGGGAGAAGAAUUGCAGAGAGAGAGAGAGAUUGGAGCUCUCUGCUCAUAGUAGAUGCCAUGAUUGGCGCUAUUGCGACAAAUGGAACGCAUCGCAUUUUAGACCAGAACUUGACAUCCUCCACUAGUCUAUCACCGGGCUUCAGCGCGUACGAAUCACAGUCCUCGCGCAUCUUCAUCUCAAAUAACGGCAUUCCACUGCUUGAAGAGAUGUCAGGAAAGAAGAGACUCAAGAGGUCACUUUGUGAGAGGGUGAUAUUGACUCCUGAAGUGUAUGCCAUCUGCCUGGAGCAUGCUCUAUCCACAUCCAAUGAAGUGAUGGGUCUCCUUGUUGGACAGGCACUAGUGAGUGGAGGUGUGAUGUCAAUUGUAACAAUCAUUGUACUGGGUCAAAGUGAUGCCACAGAAGAUCGAGUUGAGAUCUCCCCAGAAGUACUCUCAUCUGCUUCUGAGAAGGCUGAGGAAUUGGCUCAAGUCAAUCAUUUUCCAUUACGUGUUGUUGGCUGGUAUCAUUCUCAUCCUGAGAUCACUGUACCACCUUCACACAUAGAUCUGGAAACUCAGAUUGGGUAUCAGAGCUUGGAUGACAGUUUCAUUGGCCUUAUUGUUUCCCUUCAGUCACACCAGGCCUACAAGAGGCCUAAGAAGCUUCUUCUUAUGGAUGCCAUGAAGGAGAAGCAUCUGAAGUUUGCUGUGGAGUAA